AAGGCAUUCAGUUUCUCGUUUCCAGCCCCGUGUUUGAGUGUGAAAUAGCUAACAAGUCUGUUUGUUGUCUUUCUUGUUGACAUUGUGGCGAAGUUUCUACUUUCAACGUUUUUUUGCAAACUACUAGACGGACCUUGUUUCUUGAACAAGUCAGUGGAGGCCUUAAAACUAUGUGUACAACCUGUUGCAAGCACAAUUCUGCAACCGCGUGAAUUCGACAUGCUAGCAAGAGCGUUGUUUCAUCCCGCACUACCACUAUCUCCGCCCAGCACUGCUGAUUUUGACCAGCACACCAACGAGUUCACAAGCCCGGCCGCCUUACCUGAUUUUUUGCACGAGCCACCCCAAGAAGGACCUCCACUCCAUCACAACCGCAGCGCGAACAAGCCACCAUUCGUCAAAACCUCUUUCGCGGCAGAACAAGCUGCUCCGGCCAUCAAGUCUGCCGCGUGGCCCUUUGACCAAUUUUCGGCGAAAUCCCUGCCUGCCGGUGCGGUCGCCAGCCCCGAACAUUUUCAGAAGACGCACAAGGUGAAACGCACUGCGAUUGUCUCGGAAGACAACCAGAUGACCGUCGGGGAGGCCAGGCGGAGGCGGUUCGAAGGGUUACUCGACCCGAAGAAGGAAGACAUUGCCUCCGGCCCCGUGGAUUCGCUCACUAACCAGGUGCGCAAGGUGAACGACGCCGACAACUUCCGGGACUUUUUCGUUAUCCAUCCCCCCAGAACUGUGGCGCUGGAGCGAUAGUAAAGUUCUUGAACUCUUGCCGCGAGGACGGCAACCGUGGACGACCGUGGCUGGCGGGAUCCGAUCGUGGAUCGAUCUGCGCGGAGGACGACCCCAGUUGUAGCUACUCGAUCGAUCAUCUGCGCGGACGAUCCCAGUUGUAGCUACUAGCUCGCUGUGAAGAGCGAGGUCGUUUGUCGUGCAGGAACAUGGCUGGUCUGGUCGCACCAGAGAAUAGACAAGGAUCAAGAAGUAGUAAAAACACGAAAGGGAAGGCUCGUCCUGGCAACGACGCUGCUCCUUUUGAAAUGCGUCCUCUACAGCUUCCAGGGGCCUGCGUAAACCUGCGUUGUACAGGAGCGGGACCGCCGGCGCAACAGCAACAGCCGUCCCUUGAAUCGCUUCUGCACCGUCACAACGAGAAAAUCAGCCGAGCGCUGGGCCUCCGCGGCCAGUGUUGCGUGGGGCUUUGCGGCCUGUAUUGCGUGCAAUUUUUUCAAGGCUGUGGGGUUGGUCUUCAAGCGGUGGAGCGGCACUUUGAACAGCUUGCACGAAUUGCGGAAAAGCUGACGGGAGAUCAUCUUCAAGAUGAGAACGAAAAGUCCGCUGAAGAAGACAGGAACUACUCUGAUGUUGACGAGCAGAGUGAGGGUCGUGAAGAGGACGAAAGCGAAAGCGAGAGCGCCCCUACGCCAUCUGUCGGUGUGGGAAACAGUGCUUCUUCAUCGUCUGCGGGGGGUGCUACAACUCGGCGGGUGACGCAGCAUUGUGGGCGGGGCAUUACGCCCAGCUGCACGCCCGAAGACGACGAUGACGUCCCGUGGUUCUUGCCUUUGAAGAGCAACAGCAAGACGAGACUACAGAAGCAAAUAAAGGUGUGUGCUUCUUCUUCACAGGCAGCUGCAGCUGGUGGAGCAACUACAUCUGCUUCGUCAAGAAUUAAGUUGUCCUCGGGCCACGCCGGGAACUUCAAGCAAGGUCGUUGUUCGGCACAGGCAAGCCCUUCACGACUGCCUCAAUUUGAAGAUGUCCUCGAGAACAAUAACAAAUCGCACAAGAAGAACGGAAUAAAAAAUCCCUACCACAACCUGACUGUCAGCGAGCAAUCAAGUGUCGACGUCGUUCUGGUCCUGCAGCGGCUGCAGUUUUUUCACCUGGGUGUGCGGAAGUUCUUCGCCAUUGCAAGCCCGCCCGGAAGAAAGCUGUUUAUCGACGCCACGCUGGGGCGAGGACCAGGCGCGGCUGCUAGUCUUUCUGCUGCGAUAAAGGGAGUAGGCGACGAUGGCUUCGUAUCAGAAAAGAACCACCGUCGCAAAGAUGUUGAACCCAAAAACCGGCGGCGCAGCCUGGCGGAGCGUCUGCAGGAGGAGUUGGAGAUGACGUCGCCAGGAUCUUCCACCUCUGGGGACGACGACGAAAGUCAAAACACAGCGACCUUGCUGGGCUGUCGCGCCGCUCAUGCCUAUGCGAGUUCGACGACACAAGCCGUGAAGCUGCAAGGCAAUACGGCUGCCAGGCAGCACAACCUGGCGGGCCGUUCAUCGGUAGGACCUACAAGUCGGAGUCGUUCCUUUUCCGAUCAUAUGGGAGCUCCGACCGUGGUCUCUGCCGGGAGUAAUAAGUCCCAGUCCCGCCACUGCAGUUCCAUGUCGCCGAUGAAAACAAGGAACAUGAUUCUGUCGUCCACGUCUAGAGCUGCGUCGCUGCACCACGACAGAAAAAAGGAACAACCGGACGACGCAAGCGGCCAAACGACAAACAAACGCGCUAUGUGUGCGUUUGAAGCACUGGAUUGCGGCUUCGAUGCUCUGUGGGUCGACCUUUUUAGGAAUGACGAGAAACACGCGGCGGCCCACGAAGAACAAACGGCGAAAACAAGAAGUUUCUCCGUCGACGCAAGCACCGCGGGACACGUUGUGCGCUUGCACACGGUGAGGACCUCGAACGCGAGUUCUACGACGACCGGCAAGAACAACUUAAACUCCCGUGUAGUUGGCGAGCAGUUUUAUUCCGUUGGACGCGAGGAGGAACGAGCUGAGCUUGCUGCUUGUUUUCGGGCAGUGCUGGACGUUUUUACGGGACAGUUAAAACUACCACUACACAGAGAUCGUGGUCUUGCAAAGACGAGCUCCGACGACGACCACCUCCGCAAAACAUCACCUUCCACAGCGAGUACUACGAGUGGUCUUUUUUGGUUCGCCCGUGUCAGCUUCUACCGCUACAGCCAGAAGGGGGACAUGAUCGGCGCGCAUCAAAUGUGUUUGUCGUUGGCAACAAGAGGUAGAAAAGCGUCCACCUCGGCAAGUGGUCCAGGAGUAGAUCUGGAAGCAGUAGACGUGGUCUUUUACGACCCGAACCGUGCGCCGCGAGUGGUCUGUUUGGAUGAACAAGCGCCGCUUGUUCAUCCAAACAGACCACUCGGUGGACAAAAACAGCAAGAAGCUGCAUCGCGGGCACAGCUUGAGAAUCACUUCCUCCAGUUUUUUGUCGAUACGAGCGUUUCACAGAAGCGGCUGCAAAACACGAAGAGUCUGGUGUUCUCGCUCAGUGUGUGGCGGAGCAGAAGUAGUUGUACAGCUGCUUCUGGUUGUGAUGGAUCAAGCUCCGCAAAUGACCAACUCUUGACGAAGUUCGCCAGCAUCCGGAGGCGAUAUCAAAUGCAAAAACGUCUGGGUCUGAAAACUUGUGAUGCUGGUUGGCGAAUUCUGAGACUGAGGACGCCUCAAGUGACGGCUCAGCAUGGCAAGUUUCUGACUUGCUAGGUGUUGGUGUUGCGUACACGUACUCUGCAUGACAAACCGCGUCUCGACAUGACAGAAAAGCGGGGCUUUUGGGUAACGAGCAUGACAGACUUUGGGGUCAUGCUAGCAGAGCAUGACAGACCUUCCAUUCUUCCAGGCCCAGGCAUUUUCGCAAUCCAUAGGCGAACACCCCUCGCAACUCUUUUCCGCGAUCAAGCGGUGACCGAGCGGCUGUUUCGGGUCAUCGGGGGAAAUUUUUCGACGCAAGAUGAAGGAGGUCGGCAGAUGAAGACGAUGGAUGUAAAAACAACUACCGGCUCUUGUACUUCUAGUAAUGCAGCAAGAAGAACUUGUUCUUCUUAUCAGAAUGAAAAAUGCCCCCACCCCCGAACUUGAAAGCAUUUGUAUUGCAAACCUUUCCAAAUGAAACAUUCGCCCUCUUGCAUGUAUCAGCAUUACAGGUUUCCAAUCGUGAAUAGCAGAAAUUUGUAUUGCAAAAGACCCCAGCAAGAGCGGCGCUUGUCAUGCAAGCGAUGCGAUACACGCCUAGACUCUGCAUCAGAAAGAUUCGCACUCCUUUCACGCAUGACAAAAAGUUUUCAUUUGGAAACUUAGCAUCACAAAUUUUUGCAAUUUCAGGGGUGGGGGGCACUUUUCACUGCAAUACUUCUACAUGUUGCCCCCACACCGACGAUUUUUUCGAACACCUACUACAAAAAGAGCAUAUCCUGUGGAAAAGUAUCUAUCGCACUCGUAUUGCAGUCAUGCCUUACAAAUUCGUUUCUUAAGGUAUAUCCGUAUUACAAAUUUUAUUUUGCAUGCUGAGGAAAUUUGUAAUGCCUUUAUACAAGUGCGAAGAUACUUUAGCAAUGCAUGGAGCACCCGGGCCUACCUGGCUACCGGCGGUUGCUGGAUCGCGCACUGAAAUCGUUGGUGAGCAGUUUGUACUUUCACUUGUCCCUGCCGAAAAACUGGAUCUACAAUAAAGCCCUGCAGUCGGUGAAGGGCACUUUUGACGACUACGAGGACUUCGCUUCCUACGUGCGGGAGUUUGCGAAGUCGACAAAUUAUAACUCGUGCGCGGAAUUAUUCGUAGACCAUCAAUUAUCGGGAACUACAUCCACCUCUUCGACGACGUCUCUUCUCGCGUCCGACGUGGUUUCAUCUCUUGCGGAAAAUAAGUCUGCAAGAGUUCUUACCUCCUAUGGGGCUUUAUUUCGGGAUAGCUCCCGUGCGAGGAAAAUUCUGGUCGAAGCGAACCCGGAGAGAUGUGGCGUUUUCUUCUUUGACGAACCGUUGGCAGUCAUCAAGCGUGCAGCAGGUGGCGGUGGAACAAUAAACGGAGGAAAACUUCUAAAUCACUGUGGGACUUCCACGCGGCGAACCAGCGGCAGUGCCGUAACAUCUGCGCGACCGAGCCUCGUGGAAAUUUUACAGGCGUAUUACAACGCCACUUAAAACUUAAAGUAGAAGAACGAAAACUGGACCCUGCAGGCUCUGAUACUACUAGAGCAACUCUUGCUGUUUAUUUCAAAGAAACGAACCCACCCGGUGUACUACCGUGACUGAUCCAUUUCCACAGGUUUACUUGAAAAGGAAAUCAAGGAAGUAGAAAUGGGCUACACUGCCACGACGACUCUACA